CACCCUCUAGUCAGUGCAGGUCCAGUUCUUCUCCCCCUGGGUACCCCUCGAGCAAAUCACUUCACCUGUCUGAGCUCCAGUUUCUCGAUCUAUAAAAUGGGACUAACAUUAAUCACCUCACAGGGGUCUUGGAAGGAUGAAGGAGCCUGAAGUAGAUGUUCAGGGGCUUCCAGUUGAAUCUGAAUUGCUAAGGACAUGAGGACUUGAUGCCAACCUUGCCUCUGCGUUUCUCGGCAGAGAAAUAGUCCCCUCUCCUUUGACUUCCCAGAGGAGAAGAAAUAAUUCUGUAGUUGCUGAGAGAUGAUUAAAAAAAAACAAACCCUCUUAUCUGUGCUAUGAAACCAUCUACUAAAAAUUGUAACAGCUAACGAUAAUGUAACACUUAUUUAGGGGCAGACACCGUGCAUGGUUUUGUUCACAGGUUUCAUCUAAUUUCAAUUUUCAAUCACUUAGAAGCAAGUUAAUAUUAAUGCAUUAUAUCCCCGUUUUGCAGAUAAGGACAUUGAGAAACUGAUAGGUCACUUGUUUGUGCUCACACUGUUAAUUAGUAGCGGAGCUGUCUAACUCCUGAAAACUCUCGCUUAAUCCUUACUUUCUAUUCCUCUCAUUUACCUGAUGAACCCUAAGUCACCGUGGUCUUUUUUAAAAAAUUCUUUUAAAAAUCUAGAUAGCAAAUGAAGAAAAUCUAUCGAACGGACGGGCGUCUUCAGCCAGCAUUCCAGGGAAGCAGAACACCGAAGAGGGCCGGACCAAUUUUCAGCACCACGGACAACAUCCAUACCCGGGCAGCUUCCUAACGUUUCAGGCCCUGAAAACUGCUCAUUCAUUGCCCACAAGGGUACUUCACUUCACACUUUAAAAACUCUAUUCUACAUUUGUCAUUUCAUUUUAUUCUCCCUAUAGCCCUUCACGGUAAACAUGAUUGGCCCCCUAAUACGGAUGAAGACAUGGAGGCUUGGGAAAGUUCACAAGAUGUGAAAAGUGGUAAGACCAACCUGUUAUCUGAAAUGUCCUACUGGGGCAGGAAGAGGAGGGAUCUGAGCGGGACCACAGCAUCAGCGAGGAGGCCAGUGGCAGUAGUCCAGGUUAGCGGUGAUGCUGCCUGAAUCAUGGCAGCAUUUGUUGGGAUGGAGAGGAGAGGCCAGAUUUGAUGCCUAUUUAGGGGUAAAGUUAGCAUGCCUUGGUCAUGGGGUGGAAGUGGGUGUGAGGGGAGAGGGGAUUCUGUUGCCUCUCUGAGGUUCUGCCUUGGGGAGCCAAGUGGAUGGAGGACAGAUACCUGAUGACUCCUGGGGACAGCAGGGGCUUGUGGGACAGCUAUACUGACACAUCUGAGUCCAAAACCCAGCUCUGGAGUGGUCAGACCAGGGAACUGGUGAUGGAAGUCAUGAAGGUGUGUCAUUACUUGAGGGGAGAGUAUAGACCAAAUAGGGUGAGACGAAGGCCCCAGGUCCAUCCCGAGGAACACCAACAUUAAGGGGCCAGCUGGAAAAAGGAGGCUGCAAAGAAAAAUGAGAAACCAGAACCUAGGAUAGUGUGAUGCCUCAGAAGCCAAGGGGAGAGAAUAUUCCAGAAGGAGGGCAGGGCCAACCACGUCAGGAAGACAGGAUAUGGCCUGAGAGCUGUCCUCUGGACUUGAAAAGAAGAUAAUGGAAAUUUGAUGAAAGCACAGUCAGUGGAGUGGUGGGGGUGGAAGCCAGACUUGGCAGGAGGGGUUGAUGAGUAAAUGGGAAGUGGAGAGGGCAAGCACAUGACUCUCUCAACAAGUUUAGAGUUGGAGGGAGAAAGGAGAUAUGACAGUCUCUACAGGGGGCUAGGAGAAGAUUGGAGGCAUCGAAAUCCCGAUGGGAAGGGCCAGCAGAGAGGGAAAGGGGAGAUGCCAGGAAGGAAGAGCAUGAUGCCUGGGACCAGAUGCUCAGGGUGGAAAAACAGGAUGGGAUCCAGCAGCCUGGGGCAGCUCACAGGCCCCAAAAUGAUCAAGAGGAUGUGGUUUAUUUGGGAGGUGCAGGGACACCAGCAGGGGAGUGGGAAGGGGAUCCAGGAGAGGAAGGCAUCCAAUAAGAGGUGGUUAUUAAGCUGGCUACCACGUGGGUGAGUGAGCUUAAUCCUUCAGGAAGUCUUGGGAGACAGCGUAAAGGCACAUCUCAGAAUUCUCCUGGCCAAGGCCAAGGGAGUUGGUGUAUUUAUAUCUGAGCGCCUGGCAGACACUGAGGCUGUGUGUUAAUUCCAGGUGCUUCUAGCCCACAGUGCAUGCAGGCAAAGUGGGCUCUGCAGUCAGAGGGCAGCUCUUUGACAAAGAUGCAGGUCCUGGCUGUUGGGAGCCCUGCUGGUGGGCACAGAUUUGGUAAAGUCAUCUGAGGGGCUGUGGUCAGAGCUCUGGCCGUGUCUGCUAUGAGGGCACAGUCAGGGCGUCUUUUUAUCUGUGCCCUUCGCCACACUCUCCAACCACUCUUGUUCCAUGGGGACUUGUUGAUAAGAACACGUUUAAAAAUGAAAAUUUCCAGACAACGAAACAAAACAGUUGCUAAGGCAGAGUGUAGCUCAAAAAGGGCCUGGAGGCAGGAGGGCGGGUUCAGAUCCUGGCCUUGCCAGUUACUAGCUGUGUGGCCUUAUUGAGAUCUUGCUGAGAUACUACUUAGCUCUCAGAGCUCUAAAGAGGAUGUAGGGAGAAAAAAACAAACACAAAAAAAACAAGCACCAGGUAUAGGGUAGCAUUUGUGCUAGACACCAAGGUAAUGGCCUGCCCAGCACUGUGCACCCUUUUCUGACCACAGCAUCACCAUUUUCCUUGGGGAACUACCUCCCCAUUCCAGUCUAGGUGGUGGGGUGUGACUUACCCUAUUGCCAGCUUUAGGGGUGGGCAGUGACCCAGGCCUGGCCAACCCCUAUGCAGUGACUAGUUCUGGGGGGGUGGGAGGAGAGCACAGGCUGGAGGCCAUAUCAACUGGCUCUCACACUUUCCUGUAGCUUUUGGAGGUUGUUAGAUUAGUGGUGUGUCCCCUGGGGCUGCUGGGGGGUCAUCUUUGUCCUCGUGUGGAGUGAGUCUGCCUGGACCCAGGUUUUGGCUCAUCCUAGGGUUCAGGCUCGUCUUGUGACAACCAACAUGGUCACCCACAUCCAUGUGAGUUUGUGUGUAUGCACGUAUCUCAGUUGGCCUGCCUCUGGGAAGCCAUACACACUCGUACACACCAGAAGAUAAACAAGUUCCUGCAGCUCCUUGGCUGGCGCCCAGGCCGGGGGUGGAAUAAACAAUCCCAGUGACUUUCUGAAAAGCAAGCAUGUGUGGCAACAGGCGCCAUGGAGACAAGCAGACUGUACCAGAGCAGAGACAGAGCCACCCCCCCAAUGCCACCCCUACACACACACACACACACACACACACACACACACACACAUUUCGUGCUCUCUCAUGUUCAUAUCCACUCCAUCAAAUACAGUCCCCCUUUCACACUCAGGCACACACACACUUGGGGUCUAGCCAGUCACCCCCAUUCCAGCUUUUCUUGAGGCUAAAGACUUCUGAGAAGAUCUGAGAGUCCCAACACAACAGCAUCCACAGUUCCUGAUCUCUUUGCCUGGAUACUGGUCCUGGUAUAGAACCAAUUUCAGCAAGUCACAGCCUUUAGGGAAGGUGGUGUGUGUGGAGGGGCGGGGAAGGAGGGGGUCAUAUGGCAGGCAGUGCCAUAUAAACCCAACUUUCUGGAAAGUUCUUAUGUUUGCUUCAGAGAUGCACACAUAAUACACAUUCACCAGCUCCUUCAAGAAACACUCACCUAGAUCCCCCACCCCCUUGAGGCUUGUACAGACACACCCCUAAAUACAGACACUAAGAUAUAGACCUGUCCUCAUACAUGCAGUGUAUAACCCAAUAUACCCUAGAUGAUGAUGGUGUGCCAUUUACUGACUGCCUAAUUGUUUUAUAGUCAUCAUCUCAUUACAUUUAUUCCUUAAGGAAAACCAUCUGAGGUUUAUUCCCAUUUUAUAGAGGAGGAAACAGAAGUUCAGAGAGGUUAAGUAACUUGCUAGGGUCACACAGCUGGAAAGUGACAAAGCUGGGAGCCAAACUCCAGCCCACACUAUUAUCUCUUCUUCAUUUACUCAGAUAUACUCGCAACACCCCAUGCAUGUUCGGGCAUACACAUACACACACACACCAAAACCCUGCCUCUUCAGUUAGCCCAGAUAACUGAUGUCCAUGGAGUCACUUUCCCCACUCUGACCUCCUCAUAUGUACCACUCCCAAUCCCUCACAUCGUUGCCCUGAUGCUCAUGAGAGCCCCUGGCCACCCACACAGGGCCCCUCCCUCCCUCUCUAGGUUCUCACGCCCCACUUCCAGCAGCUGCAGGCCCCAGCUCAGUGGGGGACAGCCCUGGGACUUGGAUGGGUGACUCAGGCUGAAUCAUGGCCCAGCUGCUCCUUGGCAGACCUCUCCCCCAUUCUUCCCAGAGAGCCUAUUUCAAAGGCAGAGGUGGGCCUUGGGGUGGGAGAUAGGGAGUAGGGCAGUAGGGGAUGGGGUUGUUUGAGAACAGGGGGAGUCAGGCAUAAGAGGGCCUCUGUGCCCUCCCAUACUCCUCAGUGGUCUGCAGGUGCUCUCAGGCAGCCCCCCUCCCAUGUCCCUCCUUUUGCUAGGUAAAGUGGUCCUACUGCCUGGACAAGGGCCAGUGGCUCCCUUUGUAAGCCCAGAGCCCGUUUUGGCUUCCCUGCCCCACUUCUUGGUCCUAAAAACAAUAAUAUUAACUAUUUUGAUUGAUCACACGUUACAGAACUCUAUGGUUUUAAAAGCACUUUCUCAUCAGUAUCACAUUGAAUUCUCUUAACUAGCCCUAAGGGGUGGAAAUUAACAUUCUUACUUUCAAACUGAGGAAACCAAGGCUCAGAGAGGUUAUGUGAACUGUCCAAGGUCACACAGUUGAUGAAGUAACAGAGCCAGGAAGCAAACUCAGGCUUCCUGGUCUGAUCUGUGGAAGGUAUGCAUUAGAACCAGGAGUUGAGCGGUGGUUGGGCAUGGUGGGGGAAAUGUGGGGUGACAUGGUGGGGGCAUUUCAGGGGCAUGUUGGGGUCAUGGUGGAGGGCAUGGCAGAACAUAUGGUGAGGUGUAUGGCGGAGGCAGGACAGUGUGUGGCAAGAUCAUUACAAAAUUUUUCUCUUUACCCUUCUGAAAUUAAUGGAUUAUGGGAUUAUUUAUGCUUUUAAAAUUUUUCUGUAUUUUAGGCCAAUAUCCCAAGUCCAAAGCCAUGGAAUUUCUACUGAGAAGACUUUUGAGCUAUGGGACCUUGGCUUUCUGAAACCUCAGUUUCCUCCUCUGGAAAAAUGGGUCCAAGCCUCCUGCAAGGACAGUGAGGCUGAGGGUGGAAUCCAAAAGUGGGAGAAAGAGGAAGAAGAAGAGGUGGCAGCUGCGGCAGCAGCAGCAGCAGGGGCCUCAAUGGAAGAGGAGGCUCCGGACUCUCCCAGGGACCUCCUGUCCCCCAGGAGGAAGGCCCAGGAUGAGGGCCCUGUGGAGGUCAAGCUGGAGUUGCACCGGCUGCAGAGCAGGUGGGCUCUGUGGUUCUUCAAGAAUGACCGCAGCCGGGCCUGGCAGGACAACCUACAUCUGGUCACCAAGUUUGACACUGUGGAAGACUUCUGGGCGGUGUACAAUCACACCCAGCUGCCCAGUAAGCUCUCCCCCGGCUGUGACUAUUCCCUGUUCAAGGAUGGCAUCGAGCCCAUGUGGGAAGACCCCAGGAAUAAGCGGGGUGGCCGCUGGCUGGUCAGCCUCUCCAAACAGCAGCGCCACAUGGAGCUGGACCACCUGUGGCUAGAGACACUGCUGUGUGUCAUUGGGGAGAGCUUUGGGGAGUACAGCCGAGAGGUGUGUGGGGCUGUCAUCAAUAUCCGUACCAAGGGGGACAAGAUUGCCGUGUGGACUCAGGAGGCAGAGAACCGGACGGGCGUGAUCCACAUUGGGCAUGUCUACAAAGAGUGCUUGGGACUCCCCCCAAAGAUGAUCAUUGGGUAUCAGGCCCAUGCAGACACGGCCACCAAGAGCAACACCCUACUCAAGAACAACACCCUACUCAAGAACAAGUUUGUGAUGUGAGAGGGCCGUGGUACCACUCCCUAUUCAACCGCCCCUGAGCCUCUCACUGCUGAGUGUCGAUCCUGGGCAGGACUGGAGGGGCAGAGGGCCUGGUUCUCACCUGUUCUAGAGUGAACAGGAACACCUUUUAACAUGAGUUGGGGCCCAGGCUCUAGUCUGUAGGUGUUGGUGGUGCUGGUUGGGGCGGUAGGGGAGAGGGGAGGAGGGAAGGGAGACAGGCUGAGGACCCAGAGCAGCGGAAAGGUGGAGGAAAUCCCUGGGUUUCCUUGUUUUACGGA